AUGCGUCCGUGGCUUUUCAUCAUUCUUCUUACCAUUUUCUUCAUCCAAUCGGCGGAAUGUCAAGUGAAACGAAGCUCGAUGGGAGGAUCGGCAUUCGGAAGUCUCGACAGAAUUCCGCUCUCCUAUCUCCGCAAGUUUUAUCGGCAGAAAACGACGAAAAGAGAUGAGAACGAAUUCAAUGAUGGACCAAACGACUCACAGAUGGCGUACCGCUCGAUUUCAUUAUGGCCACUCUACUAA